AGGCAAAAGAGUUUGCAGUAUUAUUAUCAGAGAUCUAUAUCGAACUAAUAUCUGAUUGUUUUGUUGUUACAUUGAUAGUUAUAUUUAGUAUAUAUGAUUACAAAAACUGGUAAGUAAUAAAAUAAGCUAAAUGCAGAGGGCUUUGGAGGCUUGAAUGGGCCAGUACGUAGUAGUUUUUGCAAUAUUGACUUCGAGUUUCCUCAAACAAUUGUAUGUAAUGAACGGAAUAAUGUUAUUAUUUAUUUACAUUGUUGACAUAUUCAUUUAAAUUACUCGCAAAUAAGCUGGUUUAUGAAAAAGUUUUUGUGCUAAAAUGUUUUUCUUGUGAUCAUAUUUUAAGUAAUGAUUUAACUGUUUUAGUAUUGGUAUUAGCAAUACUGGGUCUGUAUGUACUUUGUAUCAGAUCCAUACCAAACUUUGCAGCACCACCCACCCUUAGCACAAACCAGGCAGCGUCUCUUCUGACGUAAGACAGAUGGGACACACCCUACCCUGCCUGCCUUUGCGAUAGCACGCAGUGCGGUGACAAAACAGCUACGUCGGGCCUGGAAAAGAGAGAGAGAGGAGAAUGCUGAGUCAGUGAACGUGCCAUGAAAGCCCUGAGAGAGGGUGCCAGAGGGUAAACGCCAGGGCGAGAGGGUAGAGAAAGGUUACACCCACGGAAGGUAAGAUGUCAAUCCCAUUAAAAAAAAAAAAAAAUGUCUUCAUUCCUUUUUACCAAUUGUACUGCUUUCUGUCCAAGAUGAACGUCUAUUUGCCUGGGUUGUCUCGAGUGGCCGUAUGUGGUGGUACCCAUGGCAACGAGCUCUCAGGGGUCUACCUCGUAAGGGAGAUGCUGAGAGCGGAAACAGGACAUGAUGUGUCCAUGCAGAUGGUGCUGUCCAACCCGCUGGCGACCGAGCUGUGCCGCCGCUACGUGGACACCGAUCUCAACCGCUGCUUCACCUACACCGCCCUCAACGGCCCCUUACCCGAUCCGGCGCCGUAUGAAAUGGUCCGAGCCAGAGAGCUGAAUGACAUGCUGGGCCCCAAAGGGAGUCCACAAGCUGUGGACCUGGUUUGUGACCUCCACAACAGCACAUCCAACAUGGGCCUGUGUCUUAUCACCUUCUCUGACCGCGACUGGAUCAGCCUGCAUAUAUACCGCCACCUACAGAGUGAGAUGCCAGAUAUCCCAGUGAGGUACAUUCACUUGGAUGUCCCAAACAAGGAUUCCUAUUCUGUGGCUUCUGUGGGAAAACAUGGUUUUGCGUUAGAGAUCGGACCUCAGCCUCACGGUGUGGUGAGGUCUAACAUCUACUCUGCUAUGAAAGAAGGUCUCCAGCAUAUUCUCAACUGGGUGCGUCUCUUCAACUCAGGGGUUGUUUUCAAAGGGGGACCAGUGGACGUGUUCACCACAGUGGGACAUGUGGACUACCCGAGAGAUGGUGACACACAAAACAUCACGGCGGCAAUUCAUCCUCAACUCCAGGACAGAGAUUUUUGUCUCCUCCACCCUGGAGACCCUCUUUUCCAGACUUUCUCGGGCCAAACUGUGAGCUACAAAGGCAGCCAAGCGCUUUACCCGUUCUUCAUCAACGAAUGCGCUUAUUACGAGAAUGGCAUCGCUCUCUACCUCGCCACCAAGCGCACUUUCACCAUCCCGACGGUCCGGGUACUUAAAGAAAACUAUCAGGAUGUGAGAUUCCAAUCAGAAGAAGAGGAGGAAUGAUGCUUGCAAAUGGGAAAAAAAAAAUCGAUAUUAAAUAUCGCUACUUCAGUUCGCUCCCUCGGAUCCCAACUUCAAAUUCUAAAAACUCACAUGUUCGAUACUGCAUCUGCACUGUUCAUGUUGAUUUCAUGCUUUUAUCCUUCCAUAACUUGUGCAGUGUCUUUCGGUUUUUAGAAAGGAGUUUAUAAAUGAAAUGUUUUAUUAUUAUUAUUAUUAUUAUUAUUACUGUAUAAAAUACCACUGCUACUAAUGCCUCACUUUUUCAUCCGCUUUUAGGCAGACUGUCCCGCAUUUGAAAUAUGUACACUAAAUGGGAUCAGUAUGUUGCAGCGAUGGCUUUUUACCAGCCUUGACGUGCACACAUGCAUGGCAACGUGUACGGCACAACUUGUGCUGCGUAAAGUGGAACAGUCCUGUGCAGGACGGACAUGCCUAGUGUUCAAAGCUUAAGAAAGGCAAGUAAGUAAAACAAAACAGCGGUCCGCACAUCAAGAGUGAUCAGCCACAACCAUGAUUUACUUACCUGGGGGUAUUCCAAAACGCAGACCAAAACUCUGAAGGGAAUCUCUGGGUCUUUCAGAAAGAGAGGCAAGUCGAACCACUUACUGACACUAACCCACCCUCCCCGCCCCCCUUCUUUUUCCUUCCCAGUGGGAGCUUCCGAUACCAUAUAGACGAUGCAAAAAAUAUAGAGAAAGCCACUCUGUGUAGUGCAGCAUCACCAAUUUUACUACAUUUUCCUUGUGAUAAGCAAAUUAUAAAAAAAAAUUAUAAAAAGUAUGAAUGAAUAUCUCGGUCCAAAAAAUACCCAUUAUUUUAGAUCUUACUUAGAUUUCAUUGGUUUUUAUUAUUGAAAAUAAAUUGUUUAUUCAUUGUAAAUAUAAUAAUUGAGCUACAUCGUAUCCCUUAAAGUAAACUAAUUUGUCUAACAAAGUAACUGUUCAAUUUUUUAUUUUUUUUUUAACAUUGAUUUGAAAUAUUUCAACUGUUUUAGAUUUCAUAUUUACUCUACUUUUCCACGCAUUUAAUGAUGACUAUUUUUGAAUUUCAUUAUCGUAAAUAGAACCAAUAUAUGUCAGCAAUCUUACUUAACAUAAGCUAAAUGUUUUGCCUAUUUUAAGAAGCAUAUGUUAGAUUUUAGUACCCUAAUACUUAAGCAAAUUGGUCAAAUAUAGAACAUACCUGGUAAGAAACAUAGCCACGUUAUGACAUCUAUUUUGCAUUUGCAUUAACUUGACUUGUCCAAGGUAAUUAAAACAAAAAAAAACACUAUCAGGAUUUUAAUAUUUAAUUUCCUGCUGCCUCCAUGUGCAUUUAUGAUCCAUGAGAUUUUAUUCCAUGCUAUUCCAUCACUUAUAAGAAAAUGUGCAUGUUAAAACAAUAAACUGUAUUCCAACUUACUCACAGACUUGGCCAGUAGUACUUUCCCAUGCCAGUUGUGUAUUUUUGUUUUACUGAAUUACUGAAUUAUAUUAAAAAAUGUGCUCAUAGUUGUCACAUAUAAACAGAUUGGGUUCCAUUGGGGUAAAGAAAGGUACCAGGGUCAAUCCUAAUAUCAGGUGAUGGCUUUUUAUUGUGGCCCUUAAGAGUCAACAUACUCGGGAACAGAGGCGGGUGUGCCGACAGGUAAACCAGACAUUUGCCUGGGACCCCGGUUUUUAUUUUAGGGGGCCCCGGCUAGGGAUUAUACAUUUGUGUGUUUAGGCUGAAGGGCGUGGUCCACAGAUGAGUGGGUGUAUUUACCAAAGAAGCCAUCAUCGAAAGGUAAGGCUUACUUGACCCUUUCUAAUGUGGUCUUUAUUCCCAGUCAUUACUGCAGCCAUA